AUGGGUAACACCAUCAGCAGGACAGAUAAGGAAAAGGAGUCUGAGAGAGGAACUGGGAUAUUGGCAGGACAGGGCUGUGUCAAGACUUCCGUUAGUGUGGAGCGAAGCAUGCAGUACAGGAUCUUAAAGGGACGGGACUAUCUUUACUUUGAGCCCAACAGCCUGAAGAUGGAAGAAAUGCCCCCACAGGACAGGAAAGAGGAAGAAGAAGAAGUAGAGCAGUUGGUUCUGAUGGAAUUGUCCAGAGUUUUUGAGUCAGACUUUCCAUCAAAAUGUGAAAAUAAAUGCAAGAUUUGGGGACUUGACACUGAGAGGCCCAUUCUACAAGUGGGCAGCUACGUCCUUGCUGGAGUGUAUGAAGACACUCAUGGAACCUAUGUUACAUUUGAAGCAAAUGUUGAACAUGGUGAUGCAGAAGGCAGUAAUAAAACAAUACUAAAAUAUAAAUGCCAUGCAAUGAAGAAACUCAGCAUGACAAGAACUUUUUUGACAGAAAAGAAAGGAGAAGAAGGCAUAGGUGGUGUGAAAUGGCUGCAAAUCAAGGACAAUGAUUUCUCCUAUAGACCCAACAUGAUUUGUAGCUUUCUGCAUGAAAAUGAAGACGACACCGUUAUAGCUCCAGCUUCAGAUAAAUCUUUGGAGUUGGAAGAGCAAGAGAUUCAAAGGAAAGAUAAUUCAAACUUGAGUUAUGAACAGGGAGAAUCACUGAACUUGGAAGUAGAGAAUUCUGGUCCUCUUCUUGAUAUCCUUUUUUCUGAGAUGGAAGGUUAUGUUUUUUUAUGGAAACUCCAGAUACUGCCUUGGAAAUCACUCUUAGAUGAAAUAUUUCUCAUUAUAACUAGUAACAAACUUUUUGGAGUUUUUAUAUAA